ACAGGACAUGUGGGGCGGGGCCUUAGAGCUAAGGCGCCAAUCGGUUAGGGUGGAUUGCGGCGUGGCGCGGCGCGCCCUUUGUAUGUCACAAGGCCAGAGCAAGGCUACCCUGGCUGAGGCGGGAGCGUCAACAUGUCGCGGCUAAAGAAGCAGGUGCCGGGCUUUUGCCAUGAACGGGGUGACAACUGUGCAGUGGUUCCACAGGGGCUGCUGAAGGCGGCGCGGAAGAGCGGACAGCUCAACCUUUCGGGCCGAGAGUUGAACGAAGUCCCUCAAAUGGUCUGGCGAAUAAAUCUGGAUCUUCCUGAGGAAGCGAACCAGAAUCAUUCCUUUAAUUCUUCUGAACGGUGGUGGGAGCAGACAGAUUUGACUAAGCUAAUCAUAUCCAACAAUAAACUUCAGUCACUUUCGGAUGACCUCAGACUUCUGCCUGCACUGACUAUUCUUGAUAUGCAUGAUAAUCAGCUGACAUCCCUUCCUUGUGCUAUAGGUGAACUGGAAAAUCUUCAGAAGCUUAAUGUCAGUCAUAACAAACUGAAAAUGCUACCUGAAGAACUUACAAAAUUAAGAAACCUGAAGGUCCUGUUUCUGCAGUACAAUGAACUUACUUGUGUCCCUGAAGGAUUUGGAGGCUUGGACAAAUUAGAGGAUUUAGAUCUUUCCAACAACCGCCUUACAACUGUUCCAGCUAGCUUUUCUUCUCUCUCUAAGCUGAUGAAACUCAACCUUGCCAGUAACCAAAUGAAGAACUUGCCAGCAGAAAUCACCAGGAUGAAAAGAUUAAAGCAUUUGGAUUGCACUUCAAAUUACCUGGAAACUAUCCCUUCUGAAUUAGCUAACAUGGAAUCACUAGAACUGCUUUAUUUACGGAGGAAUAAACUGCGUUUUCUACCUGAAUUUCCUUCUUGUAUGUUAUUGAAGGAAUUGCAUAUUGGUGAGAAUCAAAUUGAAGAAAUCACGGCAGGACACCUUAAACAUCUUAAAUCAGUCCAUGUGCUAGACCUAAGAGAUAACAAGUUAAAAUCGAUUCCUGAUGAAAUUACCCUACUCCAGGCCUUGGAAAGACUUGAUCUAACUAACAAUGAUGUCAGGAGUUUGCCCCAUAUAUUAGGAACCCUUCCUCAUUUGAAAUUCCUGGCAUUAGAAGGAAACCCUUUGAGAACUAUUCGUCGAGAACUCCUAAAUAAAGGAACGCAAGAAGUCCUCAAGUAUCUAAGAAGCAAAAUUAAAGAUGAUACACCAAACCAGAAUGACUCGUGCAUUGAGACAGCCAUGACCCUGCCCAGUCAGUCCAGAGUCAAUACACAUGCCAUGACUACACUGAAGCUACUGGACUAUAGUGACAAAAAGGCAACACUGAUUCCUGAUGAAGUGUUUGAUGCCAUAGGAAGCAACACCAUCACCUCCAUAAACUUUACCAAGAAUCAUCUAAAUGAAAUUCCCCAAAGGAUUGUGGAACUGAAGGCAACCGUGUGUGAUGUCAACCUUGGCUUUAACAAGCUUUCCUGUAUUUCAGCAGAAUUGUGUGCUCUUCACAAGUUGAUACACUUGGAUAUCAGAAAUAAUCUUUUGACUUCUUUGCCUGAAGAGAUGGAAGCCUUGAGCAGGCUGCAGACUAUAAAUCUUUCCUUCAAUAGGCUGCAGGCGUUCCCCUGCGUCCUCUACCGGCUGCGCACUCUGGAGACGGUGCUCCUCGGGAACAACCAGCUGGGCUCCGUGGACCCCCUGCGGCUCCAGCAGAUGGACCGGCUGGCCACUCUGGACCUCCAGAACAACGACCUCCUGCACGUCCCCCCCGAGCUGGGCAACUGUGUGAGUCUGAGGACCCUUCUGCUGGAGGGCAACCCGUUCCGCACGCCUCGAGCAGCCAUCCUGGCCCGAGGAACCGACGCUGUGCUGGAGUACCUCAGAGGCCGCAUUCCGACUUAGCGGGGGUGGAGCCCUGGGCGGGCCGCCCUGCCGCCCCCACCGCUGCCCACCUUCUUGUGACCCUCUUCUCGGGGUCCGCACGCUCCCCUCCAGGGGUAAAAGACGGCUUUGGGCGCUUUGGUGACGGACCCGGAGGGGGGAGGGGGAGGGGAGGGGGAGGGGAGAGGGGCGCCCCUUCUUUGUACACUUUUGGAUUCAUUUCUUAUAUGUGUGUGUUGUUGGCUCUGUAAGAAGCCCGCUGGGCCCCUCGUCAGUUUUUGUAGCCUUCCUGGUGUCUUGUGGGGAACGUCACUGAGAGGACUCGGGGUUUUCUGAUGCGAAGUGCACGAGGUCCUGGCUACGCGCCCCGGCAGGGCUGCCUUGGGGGGGAUCCUGCGCUGGCGCAGAGCACAGACUCCGGGGAGAUGGGAUGGGCUCUUGGGGACGGCUGAGAAAGGGUCCCCGUCAGCGUCUGCUUUCAGACCCCGAGGAUCCGGCCUCGCCUGUGCUGUGGCCGAAGAAGCAGCCGGCCUCCUCCGACGGGAAGAGGCCCUCUUGAAGUCAGCCCGCCUCCUGCCAGCUCGAGGGGUUCGGCUGCACUUCGGCAGCUCGACGGCCGGCAGGGCUUGGCCUGGAAGCAGACUUAGUAAUGAUCGCAGACCAAGGCCCGAGAGGGGCCAGUGGGGAAGAUCUUGCAAACGGCUGGCUUUAAGAAGAGCCCUCCUGGUCUCCAGCUCUUGGCUCGUUCAAAAUAGGAUCUCGUGAGGGUAGAUUCAGAACCUUUUUGAAAAAAGUCAUCAAGGGCAGCUAGAUGGCUCAGUGGAUAGAGAGCUGGGCCUGGCUUCAGAUGUGGCCUCAGACACCUCCCAGCUGGGUGACCCUGGCCAAGUCACUUGACCCCCACUGCCUAGCCCUGACCACUCUUCUGCCUUGGAGCCAACACUUGGUGUUGAUUCCAAGACAGAAGGGGAGGGAGAAAGAACGAAAGACAAAAUUAAUGAAGAUCAAAUACUUCUGUGGGGAUAAUGUGUUUUUUCAGAUUCCAGUUACAAUUGUUCUCUCACUAAGGGGAAGCCUACUGUUUUACAGUUGCCACCUCACAGGUCUGCUGUGUUAGAAAACGAAAGACUCUUUACAAUAAGGUGAAAUUUUAUUAUUUGUACAAUAAAGAGACUUUUUGUUAUUCAAAA